AUGGCCGCCAUCUUCUCCGCCUCCGGCCGCCGCCUGCUCUCCACCGCCGCUGCGGCUGCCGAGUUCCCCGUCCCGAUGGCCCGCAUCCGCAACCUCGCCCGCGUGGGCCGCCUCGACGACAUCGACGCCGCCGUCGCGCCGCUCGUGCCGACCAACCCCAAAGCCGUGAUCUCCGCCCUCUCCGUGGUCGGCCUCUCCGACCGGGCCUCCGCCAUCCUCUCCACCAUCCCGUCGCCCACCGCCGAGCAUCUCAACGCCCUCCUGGCCCCGCUCCUCCGCCGCCGCCGCCUCGCCGAGCGCGUGCCUGCUCUGCUGGACGCGCACCCCUCAGCGCCGCGCGACGCCUUUACGUGGUCCAUCCUCGCCAAGUCCCUCUGCAUCACCAAAGGCGCCGACCACGCGGUGUACCUCCUCCACGGGGAGGAGCCGCCUUCCCUCCACCUCUACACGGCCAUCAUCGACUCCUACUACAAGCAAAAGAAGCCCCACCGCGCCGAGGAGCUGUGGCGCGAGAUGGUCGAGGAACGCGGCAUCGCGCCCGACUCUGCCGCUUACAAUGUCAGGAUCACCUACAAGUCGUCAACCGGCACGGUGGAGGAGGUGCAGGAGCUUAUCCGAGCCAUGGGCGAGGAGUCGGGGUUGCGGCCGGAUGUCAUCUCCUACAAUGGGCUGAUCCGGGUGCUGGGGCGGCACAAGAGGGUGGACGAGGCCCUGGAGGUAUACAGGAGCUUGCAGGAGAAGGGGGUGGAGGGGAACACUGAGGCGAAGUCGGCACCGGAGUGCGCAACAUACGCAUGCAUGGUGGGGGCGCUGUGCAGCGAGGGGAGGUUGUCAGAGGCGGAGGACGUGUUCUACGAGGGGGUAAAGCGCAAGAAGGUGGCAGAUCUGGGCACGGUGCGUAAGCUGGUAGUGGCUCUCAAGGAGGCUGGCAAGGGUCGGGCGGCGAGGCGGGUGGUGGUCGGGCUACGCAAGAAGUUCCCUGACCAGUUCGACGGUCCAUGGAAGGAGCUUGAGAAGGAUGCCGGCCUCACACCGGGAGCCAGCAACGAAGAGGAGGAAGUGGAGGAGGACGAGCAGCAGCCAGAGAAGACGGCGGCGGCGGUAUGA